AUUCAAUGUGUCGCGGUGUACGGGUGCAAGACGAGUGGACGUAUUUUUGCGGAAUUUGGGUGAAAAAUCGCUCAAUUGUUAUCAUCCUUGCUGUUGCGCAAUUCAUCGUCGCUACAGUCUCCCUGGCUCAGCAUGUAUAUUCAAUAGCGAAUUUCAAUAGUAUAUUUCUCUGCUCAUUUAACGAGUCUUCUCCAAAUGCAGGGAAUUUUCUCAGUGCUGAUGUUAUCAUCUUCGACUUUGGUCUGUUCCAUGAGUUGAUUCAGGUGGGAGCCAGUAGAAUAUGCAGUAAAAGUAUGCAUGAAAAUUACUUAAACUUCAAUAAACGGGGUCAAUCGAUUGCUAGGCAGUGUAGGUUUGAAGUGUAAUU